GGGUGGAGACGCGGGAAAUCUCGCGGAGGGGCGGGGCCGGCAACAGCGGUUGCCAGGGCGACGGCAGCUCCUGAGCUACCUGAGGAAGCUGGUCCCCCGCCGCACCCCGAGGCUCCCCGGGCCCCCCGAGCGCCAUGUUCAUCUAUCUCAGCAAAAAGAUCGCCAUUCCCAAUAAUGUUAAAUUGAAAUGUAUUUCCUGGAACAAGGACCAAGGAUUCAUAGCUUGUGGUGGAGAAGAUGGACUUCUGAAAGUCUUAAAAUUAGAGACACAAACAGAUGAUGCCAAGCUCAGGGGCCUGGCAGCUCCCAGCAACCUUUCCAUGAACCAGACUCUGGAAGGCCACAGCGGAUCUGUUCAAGUUGUCACUUGGAAUGAGCAGUACCAGAAGUUAACAACCAGUGACCAAAAUGGACUGAUCAUCGUGUGGAUGUUAUAUAAAGGCUCUUGGUACGAGGAGAUGAUCAACAACAGAAAUAAGUCUGUGGUUCGGAGUAUGAGCUGGAAUGCUGAUGGACAGAAAAUCUGUAUUGUGUAUGAAGAUGGCGCUGUGAUUGUCGGCUCUGUGGACGGAAAUCGUAUUUGGGGCAAGGACCUGAAAGCCAUCCAGCUGUGCCACGUGGCAUGGUCCUCUGACAGUAAGACGCUGCUCUUUGGAAUGGCCAACGGGGAGAUCCACAUCUACGACAACCAGGGGAAUUUCAUUAUGAAAAUGAAGCUCAACUGUUUGGUGAAUGUAACUGGAGCCAUCAGCAUUGCUGGGAUCCAUUGGUACCACGGCACAGAAGGCUAUGUGGAGCCAGACUGCCCUUGCCUUGCCAUCUGCUUUGACAAUGGAAGAUGCCAGAUAAUGAGACAGGAGAGUGACCAAAAUCCUGUUUUGAUCGAUACUGGAAUGAAUGUUGUUAGUAUCCAGUGGAACCACAUUGGGAGUGUCUUGGCUGUGGCUGGCUCCCAGAAGGCCAUCUCUCAGGAUAAAGAUAUCAACAUGGUGCAGUUUUAUACUCCAUUUGGGGAGCAUUUGCGAACAUUGAAGGUUCCUGGAAAGCAGAUGUCUGCACUAUCUUGGGAAGGAGGUGGAUUAAAGAUUGGUCUUGCUGUUGAUUCUUUCAUCUAUUUUGCAAAUAUCAGACCCGAUUACAAGUGGGGUUACUGUUCCAACACGGUUGUUUAUGCAUAUACCAGGCCCGAUCGCCCUGAGUAUUGUGUGGUUUUUUGGGAUACAAAGAACAAUGAGAAAUAUGUUAAGUAUGUGAAAAGCCUGAUUUCCAUCACCACCUGUGGCGACUUCUGCAUUUUGGCAACCAAGGCGGAUGAGAACCAUCCCCAGUUUGUGCUGGUCCUUUGCAACUCUAUUGGUACCCCCUUGGAUCCCAAAUACAUUGAUAUCGUGCCACUAUUUGUCGCCAUGACCAAAACGCAUGUGAUUGCGGCUUCCAGAGAAGCCUUUUACACGUGGCAGUAUCGUGUGGCCAAGAAGCUGACAGCCUUGGAAAUCAACCAGGUGGCGAGGUCCAGAAAAGAAGGGCGAGAAAGAAUAUAUCAUGUUGAUGACGCUCCUUCUGGAGCCAUCGAUGGAGCGCUGGACUACAGCAAGGCCUCACAAGGGACUGAGGAUCCCAUUUGUGCUAUAACAGCAUCUGAUAAGACGUUGAUUGUGGGUCGUGAAUCUGGCACCAUUCAGAGAUACAGUCUUCCUAACGUUGGUUUGAUUCAAAAAUAUUCCCUCCCCUGUCGAGCUUACCAGUUAUCUUUGAAUUGCAACUCCAGCCGUCUCGCUAUCAUAGAUAUUUCUGGUGUCCUCACUUUCUUUGACUUGGACGCUCGAGUGACAGACAGUACAGGGCAGCAGACGAUCGGUGAGCUCUUGAAGCUAGAGCGCAAAGAUGUCUGGGAUAUGAAAUGGGCCAAAGACAAUCCAGAUUUGUUUGCAAUGAUGGAGAAAACAAGAAUGUAUGUUUUCAGAAACUUGGAUCCUGAGGAACCUAUUCAGACUUCUGGAUACAUUUGUAACUUUGAAGAUUUGGAAAUUAAAUCGGUUCUCUUGGAUGAAAUAUUGAAGAAUCCUGAACACCCUAAUAAGGAUUACAUCAUUAACUUUGAGAUCCGAUCCCUGCGAGACAGUCGAGCAUUGAUUGAGAAGGUCGGCAUUGAUGACGCUUCCCAGUUCAUCGAGGACAAUCCCCAUCCCCGGCUUUGGCGCCUGCUGGCAGAAGCCGCCCUUCAGAAGCUAGACCUGCAGACAGCGGAGCAGGCCUUUGUGCGCUGCAAGGAUUACCAGGGCAUCAAGUUUGUGAAACGACUUGGCAACCUUCAGAGCGAGUCCAUGAAGCAGUGCGAGGUGGCUGCCUACUUCGGCCAGUUUGAGGAAGCGGAGAGAAUGUACCUGGAUAUGGAUAGAAGGAACGAAUGUGAUCCCAGGUCACGCCCAUCCUGCAGUCACAGAAUCGGCGUUCACAGGAGCGGCAGCUUCUUGUGUGGAGGAAGCAUUCACAUGUCCUGCCUGUCCAAAGAAGGCAGAACCAGGAGCCAGGAGGCUUGGUGUCAGGAAGGGCCUUCCUCCAUCAUGGAGAGCUGCCACCAGAGGCUGGAUGACUGGCGAUCAGAGUUGCUGGACCUGGCCAUCGGCCUUCGACUGAAAUUGGGAGACUGGUUCCGAGUACUCCAGUUACUGAAGACGGGAUCUGGUGACGCUGACGACAGCCUCCUCGAACAAGCCCACAACGCCAUCGGUGACUACUUUGCUGAUCGACAAAAAUGGGUGAAUGCUGUACAGUAUUAUGUACAAGGUCGGAACCAGGAGCGCUUGGCUGAGUGUUACUACAUGUUGGAAGACUAUGAGGGUCUCGAGAACCUGGCCAACUCUCUGCCGGAAAACAAUAAGCUACUUCCUGAGAUUGCCCAGAUGUUUGUGAGGGUCGGCAUGUGUGAGCAGGCUGUGGCCGCCUUUUUGAAGUGCAACCAACCCAAAGCAGCUGUGGAUACCUGUGUGCACCUGAACCAGUGGAACAAAGCUGUUGAGCUGGCUAAAAAUCACAGCAUGAAGGAAAUCGGAUCCUUGCUGGCUCGCUAUGCAUCUCAUCUGCUGGAAAAGAACAAAACUUUGGAUGCCAUCGAGCUCUACCGGAAAGCCAACUACUUCUUUGAUGCUGCUAAGCUCAUGUUCAAGAUUGCAGACGAAGAGGCCAAGAAAAGGACCAAGCCUUUGCGAGUGAAGAAGCUCUACGUGUUGUCGGCUUUACUCAUUGAGCAGUACCACGAGCAGAUGAAGAAUGCCCAGAGGGGAAAGGUUAAAGGGAAGAGUUCGGAGGCCACCUCGGCCUUAGCCGGCUUGCUUGAGGAGGAGGUCCUGUCUUCAGCUAAUCGGUUCACAGACAAUGCCUGGAGAGGGGCUGAAGCCUACCACUUCUUCAUCCUGGCUCAGAGGCAGCUGUAUGAAGGCUAUGUUGACACUGCUCUGAAAACAGCUCUCCACCUGCGGGACUACGAGGACAUCAUCCCUGCUGUGGAGAUCUACUCCCUGCUGGCUCUGUGUGGCUGUGCUAGCCGGGCCUUUGGGACCUGCUCCAAAGCCUUCAUUAAGCUGGAGUCCUUGGAGACCCUGAGCACAGAGCAGAAGCAACAGUAUGAGGACCUGGCUCUGGAGAUCUUCACCAAGCACACCCCAAAGGAUAACCGCAAGUCAGAGCUGGACAGUCUCUUGGAGGGUGGAGAAGGGAAGCUUCCGACGUGUGUGGCAACGGGAAGCCCCAUCAUGGAGUACCAGUUCUGGAUGUGUAACGUGUGCAAACACUGUGUCCUGGCCCAAGAGAUCAGCAACUAUAACUUCUGCCCCCUGUGCCACAGCUCAGUGGGGUAGCAGCUGGGGCAGGAGCAGGGAUGCUCAGGGGCCACAGUCCUGAGUCAGGCAGACACAUGUGCAUGGGCAUGAACUUCUACCAUGACUCAAAAAGGAAAUACACUCUCCUCCGGGGCCUAGGUGUCUCUCUGUCUUGUUUUAGGAAUAUGACUGGGGGAAGAUGCAUCCAGUCUAGGUUAGAUGAGGUCAUGCUUGAAAUGCUGAGCAGAAAUGCAGCUCUCCUUGUACAGAUACAGAUACAAAACUCUGGGGCCAGCUUAUCUUUCUCGGUCUGGGUCAGUGUCUGAGCUGUAGUCUCAGUGAGGCAAAGGUGGCCCCCUAGAAGGGGUGAGGCCCUUCUCGGGAGAUCGUGUCCUCUGGACUGACCACUAUGCUUCGGAGCAAAGAGGCCAACUCAGAGGGAGGACAGCAGUUCUUUAGUUACGUUCUAAGAUCAGAGAUCUUGGAUUUUUGACAGUUCCUCUUUUAUGGAGAAAACAAUAAACUAUCUUGUCGCUUAA